CUACUCCCAUUGACAACGGGGACCAAAAAAAUUACAGCAGCUGAAGCUGAAGUUGACAGGAUCAUCAAUCAUCUUAGACUCUUGCAACUCUACGGAUGAUACAGUCAAACGGUUUUCUCAAAAUUUAAGCUUUGACGUAGAAAUAAUCAGCAGUCUUCUUUUGUUUCUCUGAUUUCAUACCUUUUUAGCUAUGAGUGCUCAACAUUUCUUCAGUCUUUUUGUAGUGUGCAUACUGAUGAGUUUCAGUCAGUUUGUUCAUCAUGCUGACGCUGGUUAUACUUUGAAGGAAGUUGAAGUGGUUUCGAACAAUGGAGAACCUGUGAGGGUUUUUACUGCUGAGGAAUUGAAAGAAUAUGACGGCUCAAACAGUGACAAGCCACUCUAUAUGGGUAUAAAAGGAGUCGUAUUUGAUGUGUCAAAAGGAGAAAGGUUCUAUGGCAAAGAUGCUCCGUACAAUGUUCUUGUUGGGAUAGACUCGACUCGAGCUGUGGCCAAAAUGUCUCUUGAAAAGGAAGAUCUGAAUCAUGAUAUUUCUGGUCUUUCUGAAAGCACUUUGAAGUCUCUUGAUGAUGUAUUUGAGGGCACCUACGUCGCCAAGUAUCCAAUCGCAGGUUAUAUGGACUACCUCCUUGAACAGUCUCCAGAAAAAUUUGAGAAAUUAAAGGUUUGGGAUACUCGGGGGACAGUCUGAUCUGCUCCCAACCCCCUCAUACUACUUCCUACCAGUCGUCAGUUCAGAUACCUAAAGGCUCAACAGCUGACACUGACAUACAGUAGGAUCCUGGUUUAUUGCUAAAUUAAAGAGACACAGCUAUAGAACUAAUGUUUGUUUUUGUUCUUGAAUUUAGAUGUUAGAUGUACAGGUUUCCUUCCUCCUAGCAGGGGUCACCAGUCUAGGGAGGUCAAUUCGUCUGGCCCACUUUAGUGCCACAAUGUAGGGAAAAACAAAAAAACCCGAAAAAUGUGUUUGUAGUGUGCUAAGGACUUGGUCACCAGAUUGAUAAUUUUUUUGUAAUUUCGUUGGACUCUACAGUGCAAGUAAAUCACAUUUUUAAUGAAUUUGUAUUAGUAAUUAGUGCAAAUUAAUCAUUAUUUUAUAACCUCUAAGUUUGUAGUCUUUACAUUUACUGUGCUGUUUGCUUAUUUUGUAUUUGGAGUAUUGAUAAAUCAAUAGGUUGGUUUAUACCUCUUAUAUAUUCAAUGUAUUGCUUAGAAGAACAAAAGUUAUCAUUAUCAGUGAAUAUCAGGCUUGCGUUCAGUCUUCUCUGUUAUCUGACCCACUUUGAAAAAAGUUUGGUGAUCUCUGCCUUAUAGGAUUGUUGAACAUUUUUAUUACUGUGACCUCCUGAUGACUGAUUAUUAUUGUUGACUAAUAAAGAUAUUUUAUUUAAGCAGA